AUGAAAUUUACAUUCUUAAAACAUAAUUUAUAGAGUCUGUUAAGCCACUCAGAGUAAUUAGAUUCACCCACAUCUAUUAUAAAAAAGUUUGGUCCCUUUCUUAUGACAAGUUUAUUUAAUUAAAAAUUGGAAGAAAGUAAUCAAGUGAUUAAAUACAUGGAGCAAAAUAUUGAUCAAACAUAAUUUAUUAGAAACUUCUCUUUAGAACCUGGAUUAAAAAAUUGGAAAAUCAAUACAAAAAAAUCAUUAGAAGCAUUAGCAUGUUCUUUGAUAGUUGGAAAUUCAAAUCUUAUAAAUAAACAUUAUGUUGAUUGUUUGUAAGAAAAUUAAAUUUCAAUUUAUGAUGUAAUUCCACUUGCAUAUACUUUGGUUAUUCAAUAAUUAAAUUAAUGGCCUUUGAUUGAAGAAUAGGAAGUGAUUUCAAGAUUAAAUUAUCAUUUGCAAGUUUAAAAAUAAGAAUUUUUAAAAAUAGGACCUCAAAUAUUUUAAAUGAAGCUUCUUCUUUCUGAUUUAGCAGUAUAUUAUCCUGAUUUAUUGAAUUUUUUGUAAAUUAAGGUGUAUAACUCAGAUUUAACAUUGGAUUAUUUUGUGUAGGAUCUGAGAAUUCAAUAUAAGGAUUUUUUUUUUGAGAAAGGAAAUUUAAUCGAUCUCAAAAUUGGAGAUUAAGCGUAUCUAUUUCUCUAAUCUGAAGAUUUUUAGAUUCAAACAAUGAGAACAUUUCUACUAAGAUAUGUGAGGAUUAAAAGAAUAUCUGAAAUAUAUCCUAAUCUUCAUGUUGUUUGGAUACACAAUGACAUGAAAAAAGAAUAUUUAUAUAAAAUAUUUGGUGUUUGA